GCCUGAAAGCUCAGUUUUUCUACCGGAGACUGGCUGUAAAUCAGCCGAUGCAGGCAGCUGUCAUGAGGUGAAGACAGCCUACAUGAUGCGCCAAAUAGGACCGGUGGAGCUGGUGCCAGACAGGCCGGGAACAGAUGAGUCUCUGCGAGUGUGUGUCUACCCUGGGCCCAGCUGCUGUACCAGUAAGAUGGAGGACAGCUACAUGGCAGCUGUUCGCAGUGAGACGCAGCAGAAGAUGCAAUCCUACAGCUUUGAACUUAAGUACCUGAUCGCUGGACACACCAAGGCCUACCAAGACACCUUUGAGUCGCUCGUGUCCUUCACAUCUAACAUGACCAGCACUCUGUUCGACAGCGCCUACUCUGCUCUGGCGUCCGACUGUCGCCCCCUUGUGUUUCGGCUCUUCAGCGACAUCAAACGCCACCUUUCUGGAGACUCCAAUUCCACACUGGACAACGCUGUGCGUCGGUUCUACAAUGAUCUUUUCCCCUUGGUCUACCGCCGCCUGCUCAACCCUGGGAUCGGCCACAUGACACUCAAGUCCUAUUUCCCCUCCUCCACGAAUCACGACGACUGCCUGCGGAUGACGCGGCAGGAUGUCAGCCCGUUCGGACCCCAUCCUCGCCUCCUGGUCAGCAGCUUGUCCCGUGCACUCGGGGUGGGCCGAGCACUGAGCCGACUGCUGGUACUGGCUGGAGAGGUCGUGAACGCGACCGAGAAGGCAACCUUAUCUAGAGAGUGUGGGCGAAGCUUAGUGAGGAUGCAGUACUGUUCCCACUGCAGAGGGAUGACACUGAUACGGCCCUGUACCGGACUGUGUGUCAACAUUAUGAGAGGAUGUCUGGUGGGUGUAUCAGAGCUUGGCGCCCCCUGGGGGAGUUUGGUGGUGUUGCUUCAACGGUUAGCUGCUACCUUAGCAACCAGCAGCAACCACAACAGCAUGGAGUUAGCUCUGUUAGCAGUCCGAAAUCAUGUGAAUGAUGCUAUACUGCACGCUCAGCUGCACGGGCCACGCGUUACAGCCACAGUAGAGAAGGUGUGUGGACCCCAGGCAGCUGGUCCCAUGAUGCCAAGUGCAAAUCCCACCACCUUGCAUGUUACACCCUCUGUGAGCCCUUCUACAUCAGUAACCUCAGAGAGGUCCAAUGGGACAUCGCCUCCCUCAGCGCGCCCAGCUGCUCACCAGCGUCUGCAGCCGCAAUCCCGCAGGUCAUUCCUACUUAAAGGCUCCAGAGGAGACAAGAGUCGCAACCUGAAAAAACUGUCAAGGGAGUUUGAGGGCUCUAUCCAGCGGUACCAGUGGUUUUUCUCAGAGCUGCCAGAGAUGCUAUGUGAAAGUGAGAUGGAGGUUGAGCAGCACACAUGCUGGAGCGGCCAAGAACUCGUAGAAAGUUAUGCAGGUCUUGUGGUUGGCAGCAGUUUAAAAGCCCAGAAGGAAAACCCAGAGAUGACCGUCCGUAAUACAGAUCCUGUGCUGAAGGGGGCGAAGCAGAGGCUGGAGCAGCUAACACAGGAGGUGUUAGUGGACCUCGGCUGGGUGAGCAAAGCCAGAGGAAAGGUGGAGGAAGAGGAGGGAGGGAGCGCACAGACAGAGAGAGGCAGUGGCGACGACUGCGAUGAUGAAGAUGGCUGUGAAGCAUCUGGUGUGGAGAACGGUGAUACAUCCAGCGGUCGUAGUCCAGUGACAAAGGACAUUGCUCCUCCUCCUCCUCGUCGCCUCGUCCCUCCUCAUCACCUCUCACCACCACAGGUGGCUGUUCAAGGCUCAGCCCACACGCUGUCUGUUGAACCUUUGACCCUGGCGACCAUGCUGCUCCUACUGCUGUCACCGUGGGAACACCGCUGAUCACAGAGAGACGCUCUGACAGAGACAAAAAGACUGAGAGACAACCACAAAGGUUUUGUGGUGAAGUUGAGCAUUUGGAGUUUCUGCAAGCACAGGUCAAACCCACUCUGAUUGGUUUAAGUUUCGGGUGGGACAAUCUGUCGGUUCAUCACAGUUGCAGGUGCACAGUAUGCAUUUUAAUGUUACCUGUACUGACCUCUACAUGUGUUUGGUUAUGUGUAUUUAACUCUGAUAGGAUAGAUUGCACAGCACCACUGACUUUUUUGAAGAGAGAUGUAAAUACAAAUAUAUAUAUUAUAUAUUUAUAUGAAGAAUUUCUAUAGAUAACAAUGGCUUGAUGUGUAAAUAGAGAUUAAUACAGAACAGAAAAGACUGACUUGGAUGUUAAGCAGUGUUUUGUUUGGUUUGACCUUUACAUUAUGUAUCCCCCAUGGAGACUAAGAUCCAUGACAGCUAUAGUUCAAGCUGAAGGUCUUCACUGUAUAGCAGCAGUGUGCUCACAGUGAGGGCACACUUGUGAGAACGUAUUAAUGUUGAAGAGAACUCAGCACUGAUAUGCAAAACAACCAAUUACGCAAUACUUCAGGCCAUUUACAGAUGGCCACGCAGCAUAAUGAAGAAUUUGACAGUUUGGCCUGUAAAUCUGUGCGGACUGAAGCCCAUCCGGCACUUUUCUUUCACAGAAUCAUGCUCUUUUUAGUCAUGCAAGCUGGGUGAUUUAUUUUAUUUAUGCAGCAAGUACUGCAUGCUGAGAGUUUCAACUGUGUAACACUUGCUCAAAUGUUAAUUUCUCCAAAAAUGACCAUUUAAUAGUUGAGAUCUCUCCCAAGAAACUGUGUCCUCUGGUAGUUUGACAUUUCUACACAUAUACAAACCUUUUAUGGUCUUGGUAGCUGUGGAAGAACUGAGUUAAGACUAUUUUCUUCUCAAGAUGUACAGUGUUCAGAGUUGUAAAAGGAAUACAGAAAGGGAUGUAACAGCUUCCAUUUUAACUUCAAUUUCACUUGUAAACUACCACAGCCAUCUUGACAGAAAGCUCAGAGUAAAAAUAAGACUAUCUUAACCAAUAAAAGGCACCAAAUACAAGCAAAGACUAAAUAUGGCCUACAUGUAAGAGCAAAAAGACACAACCUGAAUGAAUAAUUGAACAUCUUGUUGUCAUAUGUAAAUACACACAAAAUGUGUCACAGUGGCUGGUCUCCAUACAGUACAGGCCAAAGGUUUGGACACACC